AUGACUCACGAGGUCUUUAAUAUUUCACCAGAGAAUCAUUUUCAUAUCAUAUGGUUAAAUUGCAAGAACUGUGAAAUAGAGUGUGAAGGACAGGUGACACCGGAAGUAAGGUCAAAGUUGAAAUCAAAAUUGAGACUUGAAUUUGAUUGCUGUGACGAUGUGUUCAAUUUCUAUAAUAUGUAUGCUGUGGAAGCCGGAUUUGGCAUUUGGUGUUCUACAACGAAGACGUGCACACUGACAGGAGAGGUAACAAGGAAGGAAUAUGUAUGUUGUAAACAGGGGUAUGCGUUGACAAGCCCUAUUAGUCGUAAGAGAAGACGACGAGGUUGUACUCGAACUGGUUGCAAGGUUAAACUUGCGAUAUUGAAGGUGAAAGACAAGAAUAAGUAUAUUGUUGUAGGAUUCAAUGAGGUACACAACCAUGACAUGACCACAGUUGAUAAAGUCCAUCUAUUGAGAUCUCACCGUAACUUAACAGAGUCUACAAAGGUCUAUAGUGCAGAUAUGAGCAAAGUUAAUAUUCCGAGAGAUGUCUAUAAUUAUCUAAGGGACGUGCAUGGAGAGGUGAUUGGCCAUAAUGCAGAGCUGCUUAAGGAGCAUUUUAUGGCUAUGCAAGAAAAGAAUGAAUCCUUUUAUUUCAAGAUGGAGGAGAUUCGGAAGGAAGGAUGGGUAAUGUUUUCUGGUCAGAUGCAAGGUCAAGACGAGCUUAUGGGUUUUUUUGGAGAUGUGGUGAUAUUUGAUACGACGUUCAACACGAACUGCUAUGGAAUGGUCUUUGUGCCUUUGUUAGGCGUUAAUAACCAUCGGCAGACAGUGUUGUUUGGUUGUAUAUUCCUAACUAGUGAAACCACGAAUUCAUUUGUAUGGUUGUUUAGAGGAAUUCAAGAAAGCCAUGCCGGGUGA